CGGCGGCGGCGGAGGCGGCGGCGGUAGUCGGAGGCGCGGCGGGCGCUGCCGCCGGUGCGGGCAGAGCUGCGCGUCGCGGCCGAGCGAGUGGCGGCCAGGGCUGCCCCGUCCCUGCCCGCCGCUCCCUUCAUGAGUCGCAAGUUCGGGCCGGGAGCAGCAGCAGCAGCAGCGGCGGAGCGGCGGGAGCCCGGCUGGGCAGGCGGCACCGACUGAGCAUGGCCGAGCGGCGCGGGCCGACGGCGAGCGGCGGCGGGGAAGUUGGCGGCGGGCAGCGAGCAGGCGGCGGCCGGUGCCCGCGGUUGCCUUCGCUGGUGCUGCCCCUGCUGCUGGUGUGGGCAGCGGCGCUGCCGGCCGGGGGACAGCAGCCGGCGCCGCAGUACAACGGCGAGCGGGGCAUCUCCAUCCCGGACCACGGCUACUGCCAGCCCAUCUCCAUCCCGCUCUGCACCGACAUCGCCUACAACCAGACCAUCAUGCCCAACCUGCUGGGCCACACCAACCAGGAGGACGCGGGGCUGGAGGUGCACCAGUUCUACCCGCUGGUGAAGGUGCAGUGCUCGGCCGAGCUCAAGUUCUUCCUCUGCUCCAUGUACGCCCCGGUGUGCACCGUGCUGGAGCAGGCCCUCCCGCCCUGCCGCUCCCUCUGCGAGCGGGCCCGCCAGGGCUGCGAGGCCCUCAUGAACAAGUUCGGCUUCCAGUGGCCCGACACGCUGCGCUGCGAGAAGUUCCCGGUGCACGGUGCCGGCGAGCUCUGCGUGGGUCAGAACGCCUCCGAGCGCGGCACCCCCACGCCCGCCCUGCGCCCCGAGAGCUGGACCAGCAAUCCCCACCGUGGCGGCCCCGGCGGCGGCCCCGGGGGCUCGGGGCCAGGCGAGCCCCGCGGGCGGUUCUCUUGCCCGCGGGCGCUGAAGGUGCCCUCCUAUCUGAACUACCGCUUCUUGGGCGAGAAGGACUGCGGGGCGCCCUGCGAGCCCGGCCGCCUCUACGGGCUCAUGUACUUCGGGCCCGAGGAGCUGCGCUUCUCCCGCACCUGGAUCGGCAUCUGGUCGGUGCUCUGCUGUGCCUCCACUCUCUUCACCGUCCUCACCUAUCUGGUGGACAUGAAGCGGUUCAGCUACCCUGAGCGGCCCAUCAUCUUCCUCUCGGGCUGCUACACGGCGGUGGCCGUGGCCUACAUCGCCGGCUUCCUCCUGGAGGAGAAGGUGGUCUGCAACGAGCGCUUCGCCGAGGACGGGUCUCGCACCGUGGCGCAGGGCACGAAGCGAGAGGGGUGCACCAUCCUCUUCAUGAUGCUCUACUUUUUUGGCAUGGCCAGCUCCAUCUGGUGGGUCAUCCUCUCCCUCACCUGGUUCCUGGCCGCCGGCAUGAAGUGGGGCCAUGAGGCCAUCGAGGCCAACUCCCAGUACUUCCACCUGGCAGCCUGGGCCGUGCCGGCCAUCAAGACCAUCACCAUCCUGGCUCUGGGGCAGGUGGACGGGGAUGUCCUCAGCGGCGUCUGCUUUGUGGGCAUCAAUAACGUGGACGCCCUGCGGGGCUUUGUGCUGGCGCCCUUGUUCGUCUACCUGUUCAUCGGCACCUCCUUCCUGCUGGCCGGCUUCGUGUCCCUCUUUAGGAUCAGGACCAUCAUGAAGCACGACGGUACCAAGACAGAAAAGCUGGAGAAGCUCAUGGUGAGGAUAGGCAUCUUCAGCGUCCUCUAUACGGUGCCGGCCACCAUCGUCAUUGCCUGCUAUUUUUAUGAGCAAGCUUUUAGGGAACAGUGGGAGAGGAGCUGGGUCACGCAGAGCUGUAAGAGCUAUGCCAUCCCCUGUCCCAACAACCACAGCAGCCACCACCCGCCCAUGAGCCCCGACUUCACCGUCUUCAUGAUCAAGUAUCUCAUGACCUUAAUCGUGGGCAUCACCUCGGGCUUCUGGAUCUGGUCUGGGAAAACCCUGAACUCCUGGAGGAAGUUUUACACCAGGCUCACCAACAGCAAGCAGGGCGAAACCACCGUCUGAGAUCCCCGGCUCUGCCUGGCAAAGCAGCUGCUCCUUAUCCACCGUGGGCAAACUUUGGGGACGGCGAGUGGUUUCGGCAGGCGCAGAGGAGCGGAGGACGAGCCAGGCGGGGACCCUGAGCCCAGGCGGGGACCCUGAGCCCAGGUGGGGACCCCGUGCCUGGGGCCGCCUGGCUCUGUCGUGCCCGCGCCUCUCGGGCUGUCUCCUGUUGGAACUGAGCGAGCCGGCCGGUUGGGGGAGAGGGAUGUAAAUAGCCUCUGUAAGAUUUUGUAAGUAUAUUUGUAUUUAAAUUACAAAAAUCUCACUUUUUUAAUUAUUUAGGACACUUUUAACCUGUUCGCGGAUAUUGCUUCCUCACCCCCCACUUUUUUUUUUUUAUUUAAAAAGUUUAAAAAAAAAAAGAAAAGGCGUUGAAUUUUUAUUUCGUAGGACAGGAUGGGAAAAACUCCCGGAAAGAAGAACCGAAACAAACGCCUCCCUUCUGCCCCACACAGGUUUUGUAAUGGCUCUGCUUGGAGUUCCAGUUGCAUGAGCAGCAGGGCCCGGAGCGAGGCCGCGGGCCGAGGCGGGACUGCCAGAGCUCUGCGGAGGUGGGGUUGGUGAGGGGCACCGCUCCCCUCCUCAGCCCCGCACCCCUGUAAGGGAGGACGGUACCCGGUCCGGCCCCAUUCAGGGGAAGACAGACAGGCAGACAGCCGCCCAGCCUCUCGCCUCGGCUGGCUGCAGUGGAGCCGAGCCCAAGUGUCCCGGGUGGGACCCGCCAAGCCCUUUUUUUCCCGGGGGGGGGGGUUAGAAACAAGACCCAGCCUUGCCCGGAGGUGCGCUCGGCCUUUCUUCGCCGGGAGACCCUCGGCAUUGCUCGGGGCUGGGGGCACUGGCUGCCGGCAGCCCGCUUCUAGUUCUAUAAAACUUCUUUAACCGCCCAGCAUAGUUGAAGAGGAGUUGGCCUGCUCGGUUGUAGGAGUUGGGGUUGAACACUGCCUGCACCUGUAGCACGUCCGAUGGCUUGGGAGGUGGCUGGGGACGUCCGAGCGUCCCUCCGGGUUGAGGUUUGUGGAAGGAAGGCUGCUUCUGGGUGGUGAGGAGGGAGCGGGGGCACCCUGGGGUGCUGCCCCCCCGCCCCCUCCCCGCCGUGCUGCUGAUGGCGGGGUUGAAAGGCCAGGAAACACGGCCCCGGUGAAAACAGCUUCAUGGGGAUAAAACGCGACGUUUGAGGAUUUUUUUGUUCUUUUUCAAAAUUAGAAGCUGGCUCCUCAUUUGGGAAACGUUGGAGCCGUUGCCCUUCCCUUGGAUUUUAAAUCACUGAGAUUUAAUUCAUUACACAUUUUGAGAGUGUGGUGAUUUUUGCCAGCAGUAAAAACAAAGAAACGGAAAACAGAAAACCAGAAUGUUUAAACACUGGUAAGAUACGAGACCUUAAAGAGCUUCAGCUGUCUUUUCUCCCCCUCCCCCUUUUAUUUUCGGUGCAGUAAUAACAUUGCAUACUGCAAAGAUACCAAGUGUGCAGUGUAUCUACUACCUUCUAUGCUACUGGGUGGGGGGGAUUGUUCUUUUUAAAACAAACAAAAAAUAAUGAAAUGUUAACUUUGGACGGCUGCAUUUGAAUAUUUAGUCCUCUGUAUGAAAACAGCAGAAUGCUUCUCUCCUGACUGUAUUGUUUUAAACUUUUUUUUGUAUUACAAAUGCCUGUAUUUAGGUUCAUAAACAUUAUCUAUGGCUACCAUACCCUGAAAUGCAAAAUUUAUUUGAAUUUGGUAUGCAUUUAUUUCUGUUCAGUAUCACAAGAUCAUCUAUAUUUAUAGAGGAAUAGAAAUUUAUAUAUAUUAAAUACCAUAUUUUUAAUUUGUCUGAAAUAAAUUGAGGUUUUGUACAAAA